UCGACCCGUUUCUAUAUAUUUGGACUUUUCUCCCUCGAGCGUUUGCGUUCAUUCUCCGCGGCUGACUCCGAUCUCCCUUCUCCUCACUCGAAUUUUCUCAAUGGAUUGCUUCUUCUGAUCUUAGCCUCUCUUUUCUGUUACACUCAGCCGGAAGAAAGCGAUGAGAUUUAUCUUGUUGUAGAGAAGAAUCAGCGGUCACCGGUUUAACCCUAGGAAGAUCCGAAUUUGUCGCUAAAAUUUGGUUGUCAGGUUGUGAGAAUGUCUACUCCAUCAAGGAAAAGAUUAAUGAGGGACUUUAAACGAUUGCAGCAUGACCCACCUGCAGGCAUCAGUGGUGCACCUCAUGAUAAUAACAUUAUGCUCUGGAAUGCUGUCAUAUUUGGCCCCGAUGACACCCCUUGGGAUGGAGGUACGUUCAAGCUGACACUUCAGUUUACAGAGGAUUAUCCAAAUAAGCCACCAACUGUGCGGUUUGUUUCACGGAUGUUCCAUCCAAAUAUUUAUGCAGACGGAAGUAUUUGUUUGGAUAUUUUGCAGAAUCAGUGGAGCCCAAUAUAUGAUGUAGCAGCGAUUCUUACAUCAAUACAGUCAUUGCUAUGUGAUCCAAAUCCCAAUUCACCUGCAAACUCAGAAGCAGCUCGUAUGUUCAGUGAGAACAAGAGGGAGUACAACCGGAGAGUUAGGGAGAUUGUUGAACAAAGCUGGACAGCAGAUUGAAAUAUCACUACAACAAACCAAAAAAGAAGAAAGAAAAAAAAGCAUAUGGUUUGCUGCUUCAUUCCCUCCUGUCAUUUCCAUCUAAAAAAAAACAAAACUUGUAGGUUUUAUUUCCAGAAUGAAAUGAUUGAACCUUAUGAAAUGCUUUGUAUUCCAAAAACUGCUGCUACCUAUAGUGUUUGUUAUAUUUGAACUCAGCUGCUCUGUAUUUCUUUGCUUAAAAGAAUCAAUGAUGCGCAUCUUCUCUUUAGAAA